GGCUUUUUCGCGUUGAUUCUUUUCUUUACUACUUAUGGAAAAAUUACUUAUAAAAGGAAUGAUCAUAGUGGCUUACGUCUUUUCGAUGCUAAUUGCCAAGACGUAAUUAUUCUUAUCCUUAUUAAGGUGCAAGAAAUUGUGGGGACAGAACUAAGUUGGUGUUUUAUUUGCACAAGAAGAACAUAAACUAUACAUGAAAGAUGACGGAUUUUGAUCAGAUGUUCAAACAAUAUCCACAAAUAAUUCUUGUAUCAAAGUCACCAGUAACUUGGAUAGGAUUUUUAACAAUUUCAAAUAGAAUAAAAAAUGUUGAAAAGAAAGUUAAAUUAAAAUUGAUAUUACCAUCAUUUCCUAAUUUGGAUAAAGCAUCAGUUCUAUUUGGAGGAAAUAUUGCUGUUUUAUUUGGGCCAAAGUUUAAAAAGCAAAUAGCAUCGCUAUCAUCUAGUUCUGAAUCAGUUCCUGUUUUUCUGCAAGAACUCAGAACGUUGAUUGAAAAACUGUUCAAUGAAAGAGAAACAGAUCAAGUUUCUAAUGAUCUGAUUCAAUCAGAUAUGAGAGAAAAAUUAUUAAAAGAACUUGAGACAGUACUUGAAGAAUAUUCAGAUGUUCAAUUAUCAUCAACAAAAGAUUUCAGUGUAAUUAAACUCACAAUGAAUGAUAUUUCUAUGACAGUUCAGCCAACAGUCAAUUCUGCAGGGCAAAAUUCUUGGAGGAUUGUGUCUUCAGAUCUACCAAAUAUUCCUGAUUAUUCUUUGAGCGAUAAAAAAACAUAUUCAUUAAAGGAGAUAAGAAAAAGGUUCGAAAAACAAGUCGAUAUGUUGGAAAGAGUUUACUAUCAACUCAGAAAAAUUGACAGUUAUUGUUGGGUGAUAGAUCCAAUAUAUCCCAAACCAUAUCAUUUAUACAGAAGAAUUCAUCUAUCACCAUCACUUUCACUAUAUAUAAAACUUAAUCCAUUAGAUCCUUCCGGAUAUCCAAUAAUGAAAUUUGUUGGGGCUGAUGUUGAAGUUGAAAAAUAUAAAGAUAAAAUAGCUGAAGAAGACUUCAGUGAUAAAUGGGAUGACGAAUAUUCUGUUCAUGAAAAUCUGUUGACAUUAUUGAAUAUUGAUGAGUUCCCACAAGUUCCAAUAAAUUUUAAACCAGUAGAGAAACAAGGUAUUAUAGAUGAUGAAGAGUGUUGUAUUUGUUUUUCAAUGGAAUUGGACAAUGGUGAAAUACCUGAUGAAAUAUGUGAGAAUCAAAAAUGUAGACGUCGUUUCCAUACUAUUUGUUUAUUCCAGUGGUUACAAGAAACAGCCGCAAAUAAAAUAAUCUUCAACAAAAUAUCUGGUCCUUGUCCCAAUUGUGGAGAACUGAAAUCGUGCAAUAUUCCAUUGAAUACCUAAAUCAGUAUUAAAGCAUUUUUAUAAUUGAACAACAAAUCUAAUGCCGGCUUUUCGAUUAAUGUACAAUUGA